AUGGGAUCCUUGAGCAGCAGGGUCCUGCUAAGCAGAGAACCAGGCCCAGAGGAUCUGCAGCCCGAAGCCCAGCCUGGCCCCAGUUGUGUAUCUGGAAACCGAAACCGAAACCGAAAGCACAGCAGCGGGUCCUGCUCCAGCUCAUCUGAGAACAGCCACAGGUCUCUAGGAUGGAAAGAUCUACAGCAAGUCUGCAGCACAAGCCAGGGGGAAAAUGUUAAAGUCACAUCCAAGUAUACUUACCAAAAUUUAUUUCUGAAUGGGGAAUCUAGUGAUAUUAAGCUCUGUGCUCUAGGGAAAGUAUGGUGUUUACACAAAAUAUUUUUAUGUCAAUCAGACUACUUUGCUAGUAUUUUCAGAGAUUCUAAGAAAGACUCUCAAACUGAUGUUAUUGAGUUGGAGAUUAAUGACCAGAAUAUAGAUGUAGAAGCCCUGCACUUUGUAUUAGGUUCUAUGUACAGAGAUGAGUAUGUCUUCAUGGCUCCCCUUCGAGUUCCAGGAGUUUUGGCAACAGCAUGCUUGCUUCAGGUAAAAGGCUUAAUUCAGCAGUGUAAAGAAACCAUGAAGGAAACAAUUAAUGUAAAAACCGUAUGUGCCUAUUAUACAGCAGCAGAGACCUAUGGACUAGCUUCCAUAAAGAUAGGUUGCUUUGAAUGGCUUCUUCACAACUUGAUGACACACCCAAAUAUUGAACUUUACAAAGAACUUAAUAUAAAUCUCAUGAAUCUCCUUAUUUCUUCUUCUAAUUUAUUAGUAAUGCAAAAGGAAAUGGAUGUAUACACUACACUUAAAGAGUGGAUGUUCCUUCGCCUGAACCCAGCCUGGAAUGGCUCAAUGAAACAACUUUUAGUUAAUGCAAACAACUGGUUUUCCAGGCACAGAGGAUGUGCUGGUAACACUGCCUUUCUUGAAACUGAAGAAGGAAUAACAUUUCAACAAGUGUUUAAAAAUUUGAGGUUUCAGCAUAUCAUCUGUGAUCUGGCCUCCACAAAAGUUAUUGAACAAGAUGCUCUAAUACCUUCAGAAUGGUUAUCAUCUAUAUACAAACAACAAUGGUUGACCCUGCUUAGGGCACAACAAUACAGAGAAAUCGGGCCUCGAGUCAUCAAUAAAACAGAACUAGAAAGAUACAGCAUGAGAUGUGGUAAAAGGAUUGUAAAGGAUGGAAAUUACUCCUGGAUGUGGUCAGGUUACAACUUUGGCUUUCCCUUACAUGUCAUCUUCACCAGACAUUAUAUAAUUUUCAAACAAAAUACAUUCAGUCGGCCAUAUGAAAGUUCUGUUUGUUUACAACCUGUAAGAAAUAUUGCAUUCAGAUUAAAUUUGGUAUACUUUGAUUCUAGUGGAAAACUAAGUUUCAGUAAAACGACUGGCUAUAAAAUCCUUACCUUCGAAAAUGAAGAGGAACAAGUCAUAAUGAAGUUGGAUAGCACAGUUCUGAGCUUCCCUUUAUAUGUAUUCUGUAACUUCUUGUUCAUAUAA